AUGAGCUUGGUCUUUAACAUAAGCUUUUGUUAUGUGAUUUUGUUGUUUGUGUCAUUAAACAUGGUCUUGUGUAUUGAAAUUGAGGAGUUCUAUCCACAAGAAAGAGAUGCUUUGAUGCUCAUAAGGGAUUCUUUAAAUUCUUCUGUCAAUUUGCAUGGGAAUUGGACAGGCCCUCCUUGUAUAGACAAUCAAAGUAGAUGGCUUGGUAUCACAUGUUCCAAUUGGCAUGUUGUUCAAAUUGUUCUUGUAGAAGUUAACCUUAGUGGCUAUUUACCUCUUACUUUCCUUCAAAACAUAACUUUCUUGAACCAGCUUGACUUGAGAAGCAAUGAACUUUUUGGUCCACUGCCAAGUCUUAAGAAUUUGAUGUUUUUGCAACAAGCCUUACUCUCUUUUAAUCAUUUCUCAGGGUCAAUUCCUGUGGAGUAUGUUGAAUUGCCUAGUGUACAAGUUUUGGAGCUGCAAGAAAAUUACUUAGAUGGUCAAAUUCCACCCUUUGAUCAACCAUCAUUGUCAAGUUUCAAUGUGUCAUAUAAUCAUCUUUCAGGAAAGAUUCCUGAAACUUCUGUGCUCCAAAGGUUCCCUGAGAGUUCAUUUGACAAUAAUUCAGAUCUUUGUGGAAAGCCAUUGGAUAAGUUGUGUCCAGUUGAACCUCCUGCUCCUGCUCCAGCCCCAUUUCCAGCACCACCUCCUGGUGUUAUUCCACCUAGCCCAGCAGUGAAAAAACAUAAGAAGCUUCAAGUGUGGAUUAUUGCUUUGAUUAGUGUAGCAGCUGCAGUGGUUCUUCUUUCUUUGAUCAUUAUUGCUUUCUUGUUUCCUAAAAGACGAGCAAGUGAAAAAGAAGCAACAAGAAAUGAUUCAGCAAAUUAUGUUUUUGGGGCAUGGGCAAAAAGGAUGGCAGCGAACAGUGAUGUUUCUGAAAGAUUAGGCCAAUUGGAAUUUUCCAACAAGAAAUUGCCAGUUUUUGACUUGGAUGACUUAUUAAGGGCAUCAGCAGAAGUGCUAGGAAGAGGGAAUUUGGGUAUUACAUACAAGGCAACACUUGAAUCUGGAACUGUUGUUGCAGUAAAGAGACUGAGCCACAUGAAUGAAGUGAGCAAGAAAGAAUUUCUCCACCAGAUGCAAUUGCUAGGACAGAUGAAGCAUGAACAUCUUGUAGAAAUUAUCUCCUUUUAUUAUUCAGAGGAACAAAAGUUGGUCAUAUAUGAACUUAUCUCUGAUGGAACUUUGUUUGAACUCCUACAUGAGGGUAGAGGAAUGGGAAGAAUACCUCUUGAUUGGACCACAAGACUAACCAUUAUCAAAGACAUUGCAAAGGGUCUUGCUUUUCUUCAUCAUUCUUUGCCUUCUCACAAGGUCCCUCAUGCCAACCUCAAAUCAUCCAAUGUCCUAAUCCAUCAAGAUAGCAAAGGUUAUCAUUCCAAGCUCACAGACUAUGGCUUUUUACCUCUACUCCCAAUUAGAAAGAAUGCAGAAAAGUUAGCCAUAAAAAGGUCACCAGAAUUUGUUAAAGGGAAGAAGCUAACAAACAAAGCUGAUGUCUAUUGCUUUGGUAUCAUUAUGCUAGAGAUAAUAACUGGCAAAAUUCCUGGUCAGAUCAUUGGUGAAAUUGAAGAAACAACCAAUAAUGAUCUUUCAGAUUGGGUAAGAACAGUGGUGAACAAUGAUUGGUCCACAGAUAUAUUGGAUUUAGAAAUACUAGCAGAAAGAGAAGGACAUGAUGCAAUGUUGAAGCUAACAGAGUUGGCUCUGGAGUGUACAGAUAUGACACCAGAGAAACGGCCUAAAAUGAGUCUAGUUUUGAUGAGAAUAGAAGAGAUAGAGCAAAUGAAAAAAGAGAAUGACUGA